AUGCCCCCGAUGAUAACCAAGAAACAGCGCGACACCGCGUUGACCGUCGCCAUCACCGUGUCUUCCGUUGGCAAAGAUGUCGCCGACAUGCUUGGUGUUCCGUUUGUCAAAGGCGCUGCAUCUAUACUGCUCAAUAUUCUGAACACGAUUCAGAAAAUGGAAGGAGACAAACAAGGCUGUUUGGAGCUUGCUACACGAGCCGUGGUCAUGCUCCAAGAGCGUAGGAAGCAACUUGGAGACAAAUGGGACGCGGCCCCUGGGCUCGUAGUGUACCUGACGGCAUUUGAGACAACUCUACAAGAGAUCUCAACUUUCAUGGAACGUCUUGCGGCUACAAAUUUCAUCAAGCGUCUGGUCUACAGCAACGACAUCCGUGCUGAUCUCCAAAAGUUCGGCACAAUGUUGUCUGAUGCAAAUGAAAGACUCAAGACCGCUAUUAUCACCGAAGUAUACCUAGUUGUUAUGAAGCUUCAGAGUGCCGCCGAGGCCCCCGUCACCCCUCUUGCAGACCCAGCUCCAGACGAUGAAAACACGCCUGAUGGCCCGAGUACCCAAAUUGUCGAAGCUUCAGACCCUCAACCAGGGUGCCUUGAGCCGGCUGCGACGACUACGCUCGCUCCUACUCCCACGCGACCAGCGGUAGAGACACAGUAUACUUCCCUGAGCCUUUUGAUAGGUCCCUUGCCAAUGUUCGAUGCUAUCCCUCCGCCUCUGGACACCCAUAUGCUUCGGCUUAUUGAUCCCUCCUACCUCGUGCUGCGACGCCUUGAAAUUCCAGGCUCUGUCGACUCAAUACAUCACCUCUUGAUGAACGAGCGUGUCCUCCCUUCCCUUACUCUCGCGGACGGCGUGAAAGUGCAGGUCGGUGAUCUGGGAUACCUUCCGUCCUCACCGUAUACGGCAGACGGCUUCGCAACUGAUUUUAGGAAGCUGUGCAACGUGUUUGAGGACGGGCUGGCGAGCUAUGCUGUUGAAAGGAGCGCAAGUGGGAGUGCCUGGGCUACUGGGGGUCGUGGGACCGUCAGGGAGCCUUUGGAUGGGAUAGAAAUGUUCGACGGUGGUGUUAGGUGGACAGUAGCUGCACCGCCAGGACAGGGUAUGCGUGCGCGAGUUAUCCUAUCCCGAGCGAUAGCUUCGACAGCCAACACCCCAGACUUCCUUCGUACGUACGGAGAACUCAUCGCGAACGAGUUCAACAAGCGGGAUGGUUUAUCAAUAGAAGCGAAAAACCUUGCGCUCAUCACACAAACGGGUCACGAUCAAGACAUCGUCCUGAAGAAACGAGGCAAACACCCAAGCGUGGCUCCACCGACAUAUGUACAUUGGAUGACAUCCUAUAGUCCCGUAUUUGAGGCAUACCUUACUCUGAACCCAAAUCCGGUACGAAGCAGUGGCAUGGAUAAUUUCCCUGGGCACCAUGAACUUUUACUGCCUAAUCAGUUUGUAAAGUUUAUCCAGAUAUGGGGUGAUAGUGUUGAGACCGAUGUCAUCUAG